AUGUGCACCACAGACGUCUACACCGACGUCUACCCAGACGGCCGUCGCAGCGAGUACCAAACACCAAACCUCUGCUCCCACUCUCGCAACGGCCGCCUCUGCGGCAACCCAGUCGUCUACAACCACCCGCCCCGCUCCGUCGGCUAUCCCACACAAAUGGCUAGCUACCCUGCUCAAUACCCUCAGCAACUGCCUCCCUCGCCGCCAAUGUCCUCACCUCGCGGCCAGUCUGCUGAGUCUCCCCGGCCCCGCACCAGCUCCUCCUCCAGCGACAGGAAGCGUCGAGCAUCGGGUAUCUACGUCAACGGCCAGAGGGUCCUCGACUUGAACCGCAAGAACCGCUCUCGCGCCGAGCGCAUUGUCAUUGUCGACUCUCCUCCCACCCCGCGCACACCACCCAAGCAGUUCUCCACGCCUUACACCGCGCCGCCCUCCCCCAACGCUGGCGACGAGCCUCACUUCCGCUACAGCCACGUCCCUCGCGGCUCCCACAAUCUCCGCCCCGUCAUUGUAGACGAGCGCCCGCGACCUCCCAAGGUUGAGAUUGAGGUUAUCGACGGCGGCCACCGCCGCCAUCGCUCUCAGGACUCUAAGCACAGCCACUCCAGCGCUGAGGACGAGGAGCGCCGACGCCGACGUAAAGAUAAGGAGCGCAAGGAACGUGAGGAUCGCGAGGAGCGUGAGCGUGCGGCCGAGGAGGCGGAGCGAAGGCAGCGCAUUCUCGAGCGCAUCGAUGCCCAGAACGAGAAGAUCUCCCGUCGCCCGGCCGUCCCCGUUCCUCCUGCCCCGUUCAAGCGCUCCUCGACCGGCUACGCCAACGUUCCCUUGUCUUCGGACCAGGAACUUGUUGACGCUGUCCGCCGGUUGGAGAUCAACGAGCGCCUCGCUUCUGAGCGUCGUGCCCGCGAGCAGCGCGAGCGCGAGGAGGAGGACGAGGCCCAGCGCCGCCGCUUGAUGGAGCGAAUGAUGCCUCGCCGGAGGGCCACUGUGGGUCCCGGCAGCCGGCGCCACCGGGUCCUCUACGAUGAUGGUCUGUACCGUUGGGAGUAA